GAAGGUCGAACACCAGCGCAGGAACAGGUUCAACCCCCCCAGAGGAGAAGAGAAGAACAGAGAAGGGAACUGACAGGAAAGACCUGCAGACCCGCUGAAGGGACAAACGGAGGCGAACGCCAGACACUGUGAGACAGUAGCUCGAGUCCCUGUCCUUGUGGAAGAUGCUGGUUCCAGCCUGGGCAUUGGCCCUGGUCAUGCUGUGUGUGGGGUGUCCCAAGGCAAAUGGCCAGUGCUGGGAGCACGCGCGGUGCCAGGACCUGAGUUCCGAGGAGAACAUCCUGGAUUGUAUACAGCAGUGCAAGUCUGACCUCACAGCUGAAUCCCCUGUUUACCCCGGUAUCGGGCACCUCCAGCCCCCCUCAGGAUCCGACAGCCCACUCGACAGUCACUAUGGCCACGCCUUCGGCACCCUGGCCCUGCCGGUGGAGGGCGUACCCCCGGAGGACAGGGCCGAGGGAUCCCAGCACCUGGACAAGCGCUCCUACUCCAUGGAGCACUUCCGUUGGGGCAAGCCAGUGGGUCGCAAGCGUCGGCCCAUCAAGGUGUUUGCCGGCACCGCCGAGGAAGACUCCACCGAGGCCUAUCCGACUGAAGUGCGGCGUGGACUCGGCAGUGACCUAGACUACCCAGUGGGUGAGACGGAGCUGGCCGGGGACCACCCGCAGUCCAGCCUGCAGGAGAAGAAGAACCAGCGCUACAAGAUGGGCCAUUUCCGCUGGAAUGCUCCGCCAGCCCCGACCACCAAGCGCUAUGGGGGAUUCAUGAAGUCGUGGGGAGACCGCGACCAGAAACCCCUUCUGACCCUCUUCAGAAACGUGAUCAACAAGGAUGGCCAACAGAAGAAGAACUCGGCAGACGUACAGUAGCAGAAGAGGAGAGGACUGGCGGACGGGCGUCGACAGGCGGGGGACGCCCAACACUCUGUGUCCCUCCAGUCAAUGUUUCCAACUUUUUAGAUAGCAGUCAUUCCAGAUUGUUUGUUUGCUUGAUGGUCCCCAAAACAUGUGGUCGCAGUAUUGCCGAUAAAAGGCAGUUUGUUCUUUAGCCAGCAACAAAUUUAACAUACAAUGUAGUUACCAAUAAAUUCCGAAUAUUGUAAAUAACAACGCUUUUGUGAUUACGUAAAACGUAAAGGGAUGUAGCAGAGUAUUUUUAAAUGGAACAGAUUUAUUUCUUAUAUGUUGAGAUGUACAGAGCUAUAUUGUAAAUGAAUGAAAUAUUAAACAGAUUAUACAUUGUUGCAGACCA